UGAUUUGCAUUCUUUUAUGAUAUCAAAUGAGAUUCUGUUACAAUUUGCCGAAUAGAAACUAUCUAUAACUAUUUGACUUGACCCAAAAAAAUCCGCUUGCAGAGAAUACUUAUGCAAAAAAAAAACUAACUCGAAUUGCGAAAGUGGAGAAAAGUUGCUGGUUCAGCAAAAGAAACUUCAGUAGAUUCCAGCAUCGACAAUGUACAAGACAUCUAAUAUUGUGUGCCAAAAUAUCUCCCUGCCAAAGAGAUCAAGGAACGUGCAAAGUGGUAUGGGAAUUUUGAGAUGAUCACUGUGAAUUUAAGGGAGAGACCUGAGGGUUUGUCUUUGGCCCAAAACUGGUCACUGACCCCGUGUUACAUGCCGGAAAUGUAUCGCGAUUAUGCUGAAAGAAUUGAAAAGUUCGAGGUGAAGGAGGAUGAUAUUUGGGUAAUUUCUCAACCUAAAUGUGGAACAACAUGGACCCAGGAAAUGGUCUGGAUGAUCAACAAUGGACUGGACUACGAAAAAGCCCGAAUGAUCAACCAAGAUGCCCGAUUUCCCUUUUUUGAAAUUGCAACAAUUUUUCCGCCUCAUUGCAACAUCGAGCUGGACAGUGUAGAAAAGUGCGAGAAAUUGGCCAGCCCACGUCACAUCAAGAGUCACCUCCCAGCCCAUCUGCUGCCGGAAAGUCUGUGGCGCGUGAAGCCCAAGAUAAUUUACGUGGCACGUAAUCCAAAAGAUGCCUUUGUCAGCUUCUACCACCACACGAAGAAUCUCAAUGGAUUUCAGGGAUCCUUUGAGGACUGCAUUGAAUUAUUCCUAACCGGUUGCUACAACUACGGCCCAUUUCACAGUCACGUUCUCGACUUUUGGUGCAUGAGGCACGAGCGAAAUAUUCUCUUUCUCACAUACGAAGAGAUGAAAAGCAAUCUCCCGCGAGUGAUUGAAAAAACUGCAAGUUUCCUCGGGAAAUCUUUAACAGGUCCGGAUAUUGCAGAACUUACCAACUAUCUGUCCUUUGACUCAAUGAGAAUCAAUGAGAGCGUCAAUAAGGAAUAUUUUUGUAACUUGAUGGCUCAAUUUCUCAAUUACCGCGACACUGAAUUUAACUUCAUGCGCAAAGGUCAAGCUCAAACUUUCCGGGAGAGACUUACUCCUGAUCAAAUUCUCCGAUUCGACACCUGGACUCAGCGUGAGCUCCAAAACACAGAUUUUCGCUAUGAGCUUUUCCAAACAACAAAAACACUGAAUCGUCAAACGCAUCAGAGUAUCGAAGCAACAAUUUAAAGAAAAAUUGGCUAAGGGAUAUUCGCAGAUUGCUCGAAUCGUUCGAAGAGUCACGCAUUAUACAUUUUUUUGCGUGUGCACUAGUUUUUUUUCGACCAAGAAAAAUUUUCAAGAAUAAAUCAAUUAUCGAUUGAUCUUUUCAAAAUAUCAAGACUUUUUGAAUAAAUGACAAAAAUUUACAAAUGACAAAUUUAGUUUAAGACAUGAAUUUUAGAGGGCUUUAACAUUUGACCUUGAACAACCUUUAGGAUUAUUGAAGGUAAAAAGCAUGUAUUUUAUAAUAUAUUAGAGGGAAAAUAAAUAAAAAAUAUUUUUGUAGAAUGUAUUAGUUAACGGGUAAACCGAAGAUCGAGAAUGCAUAUCUCUUACCGUUUGCUCUCUAAUCCCGAAAAUUAUCCAAGAUAAAUAUAAAGGUCAAAUGAAUAAUUUAUUUGACCUUUUCAGUCAAUCAUAUUGAAUCCAAUUGAUUAAGAAUUUAACCCUAAAAAUUGAGUAAUAAUAAUUUCGACUUUGAAAAACUACAAAAUAGGGCACUUGAAGGUCAAUAUCCUUUUUAGAUGAAUAUUUCCUUAGACUUCAUCUAAAACAUAAUAAAAAAUCGUGGAAAUCGGUUUUAACGAACCAAACCAAAAAAAAGUUUACAGUAUAGUGUGUGAAUAGUUUGAUUUGAAAACGUCUCUAAUUAAUUUUCUUUUUAAUGGGUGUCUCCGAAAAUCAAAAGUCGAUAUUUUUAACUGUUUGGCGCUUCUAGUUCAGAAGCAAACUCAAUUACCGAUACUUUACCAAUUUACUAUCGAUUGAGAUUGGUUUUUUUUAGAUGUAUCGGGAAUCUAAAGGCCUUUUAGAUAAAUCUAAUCUUGACUAAGGUCGAUGAGAAAUAAACCUCAAAAUUUGACCAAUAAAGUGACUUCAGCUGUUAAAAACAAAAAAAGUAAAUAAUGGGAAAGCAUAAAGGAAGUGUUUGCAAUUUGGUACAGCUUGUAAUUUUGGACACAUUGAGGGUAAAGUUGGACACACUACAAAUAAAUUGUUAAAAAUUCUGAAAUUUUCUUCGAAUAUUUAAUAAAUAGUGUAUACCAGCUUAAAA